AUGUUGUUUAAACGGAUCAUUGAAAGAAAGUCGAUGUUGAACUCCGAUGUCAAGGAUAAGUCUCCUGAGAAAUGUUCUAGAAGGAAAUCGGAAUGCGACGGCUGUGGCGAACAUUCCAUUAUUUUGGAAGAAAUGACGAAGAUGGUGCUUCUCGGUUUCGUACUGUGGGCAGGCGUAAGUUUCGGAAGCCACGUUGCACCAUACCCGCUCAAUUUGAUAGUGACGACAGAUAUAAUACACCCACCGCCGAUGUAUGACUUCCCGUUCCCAAGUGCCGAGGUCUUGAAAACGUUACCGCCUGUGACUCCUGCACAUACCAAUAAGUCGAUAGCCUUCAGUAAAAUGACGGUAGAGUUGCUUGAGCGCUUUGAGAACAAUCUUCAGGGGGCCAAUAUUACACCGAAACCCGGAACAGCUGCUCUGGGAUUUGUGUUACAAGGACUUCCUGCCAGAGAUGCGAUGCGCUAUGAGAAAUCGUCGAUGAUUAUUACUAAGGCUUCCCAGAAUUUAGUGUGGACAAAAUGCGCAAAGUAUGGUUUGGCCACGGACGAGUGCGCAAGUUUUAUAAGCACGUUGAACCUUCGUGAUAGUGAAUAUGGGCCGGAAUGCGCGGCGUUAGAGCGCUUCACAUGUCGCACGAACAAGAUGUCGUCAAAGUAUCGCACGUUCGACGGCUCCUGCAACAAUCCCGUGCGCUCCUCUUGGGGUCAAGCGUUAACAGGCUUCAAACGACUUUUACACCCGAGAUACGCUGACGGCAUAGAAGAGCCACGCCGAGCAGUAAACCCCAAGCCGUUACCCUCAGCACGGCUGGUCAGUAUCAAGCUAGCUGGCAAUAUAGACAAGCCGGAUGACAGGAAAACUAUUGCUCUAGCUGUUUGGAGUCAGUUCGUGCACCAUGAUUUAGUUCAUAUUCCUAUCAGAAAGACGAUUCACACGAAUCAACUGAUUCGCUGUUGCGACGAGUCCGGCUACGAUCUUACUCCACGCUACAUCCAUCCGAGUUGCAUGCCAAUAUCGGUGCCCAACGACGACCCAUUCCUCAAGGACAAGCGGGUCACUUGUAUGGAGUACACUCGAUCUAUCACCACUUAUAGAAGCGACUGCACCUUCGGAGCUGCGGAACAGAUGAACCAGGCAACACAUUUUCUUGACGGUUCUCUUAUCUACGGAACAAACAGCCGAGACGCGGCAGCGUUACGAGAGAAGACCGGCGGUCUUCUCAAGGCCUCAUACAUUGACAAUGAAGAAUAUAUGCCCCUCUCUGCUUCUCCUUUAGAAAAAUGCUUAGUGGAGAGCAAUUCAGACGCUUGCUUUAACGCUGGCGAUGUUCGGUCAAACAUGCAUCCAUGGCUUACUGGACUCCACUCACUAUGGCUGAGGGAACACAACCGAGUCGCGCGUGCCCUUUCUGCUCUCAACCCAGAUUGGAACUCCGAUCGCGUGUAUCACGAGGCUAGGAAGAUUGUGGUCGCUGAACUGCAACAUAUCACUUUCAAACAGUGGCUGCCUGCUCUCACAGGCAAAGCUUUUAAUGAACUGUAUGACGGGUACGACACUGCCUACAACUCGGACAUCGAUCCUACUGUCACCAACGCCUUUGCAACGGCUGUUUUUCACUUCGUCAACAGUAUUCUUGAUCAAGACAUUGAAUUGGUGGACGAGGAUAACAAUGUGUCGUCUUUAGAGAGACUAAAGCACAACUACUUCAAGCCAGAGAUCGUUACAAAAAAGGGUGGCCUUGAAAAACUUCUGCGGGGAAUGGUCAGCCAGAAAAGCCAGGACCUGGACUUGAAUUAUGAUGAUGAUCUCCGCCAACAUUGGCUGGGUGGUUUGGAUGUACUGGCAGUCGACAUACAACGAGGCAGAGACCAUGGAUUGCCUGGAUAUGUGCAGUACAGAGGCUUGUGCGGUCUAUCCCCAGCAACCACCUUCCAGCAGCUGACUGAUGUCAUUCCACAGGAGACUGUGGAUAAGCUGUCGACCUUGUACGAUCAUAUUAACGACGUAGACCUGGUCGUGGGCAUGAUGGCUGAACGACCACUACCUGGAUCGCUGUUAGGACCUACUGCAACUUGCUUACUCAAGGAACAACUAUGGCGUACUCGUUCUGGUGAUCGUUACUUCUACACCCACACUGACGAAGCGGGCGGCUUCAGCAAGCGACAAUUAGCCGAGUUGAGACGCGCUUCUCUUGCUCGGCUGCUGUGCGACAACGUUGGUAUCAAGCAUGUGCAGAAAGAUGUUUUCCAACUGCCUUCUGAAAGUAAUCCAGUCGUAUCCUGCGAGGUUAUAAAGAAGGUAAAUUUGGAAGCAUGGCAGGACCCUUCCCAGCUGCCGGAUAUUUUGACACGCACCAAUAUGUGGAUUAAGAACAAAGUGGGGAGUGUCGGUAACUCCACCAAAUAA